AAUGACAGUAAGAUUUUCAUUAGUUUAAAUGAAUAUAAUUAUAAAACAUUUGAGAAGCAGUUGAGAACAGAGCUAAAAUGCUUUCCUGCUUUUUUGCUUUUCUCAGAAAUGAAGAAUGAUGUAGAUGGGACGUCCCCUUUAGAUUCCCAGUUUGAAAACAAAAUUCCACAAAAUCUUUCCUUGAAUCAUGUUUCAAAUACCUCCAUGUACCCACCACUGCCCGACAAAGAGCCCACAUCUUUUACAGCAUGUGGUGGCAUGUUGAUGGAUUCUGAGGGAUAUUUCAGCUCACCAAAUCACCCCAGCCUCUAUCCUCCCAAUAUCUACUGCGUGUGGAUGAUCAAAGUCUUUCCUCCUUUUCUUGUACAAAUCCAUGUGUCAUCUUUGGCUAUCGAGGGACCUUCUCCUUGCUUAUUUGAUUGGCUAGAGGUGAGAGAGGAGACAGAAAAGAUGCCUGUCAUCACAAGAUUUUGUGGUAACGUGGCUCCACCUACAGUGAAUACAAACAGCAGUAUUGUGUGGGUGUCAUUUCGCUCGGAUGGAAGUAUUGGUGGGAAUGGAUUUGUUGCACAAUAUCAUUCUGUAUUACCAGAACAAAAAAGCUGCUCCAGAGAGGAGUUUAUGUGUGACAGUGGUCGUUGUUUAUUACCUGUUUCUGUCUGUGACGGUUAUAUAAACUGUCAGGACCACUCAGAUGAAGUCAACUGUAGUCAGAAGCACAAAGUGUGCGGGGGGAAGAUGAUAGGAGAAUAUGGAUCAUUGGCAAGUCCAAACCACCCCGAGCCUUAUCUACAUCAACUGCUGUGUACGUGGCAAAUAUUUGUGGAAGACAGACAAGUUAUUAGACUGAGCUUUCAGAACUUCAGUCUUGAAUCUCAUGAUGUAUGUGAGUUUGACUAUGUGGAGAUUUAUGACGGUGCAUAUGCAGUUAGCAGCACUGUGCUUGGAAGGUACUGUGGGUCAACUGUACCUCCUGAUCUUACCUCUUCUGGACCUGUGAUGACAGUCGUGUUUGUAACAGAUGAAGGCCUUGCCGACAGUGGCUUUCAUGCAUCAUAUAAAGCCAUGUCUUUAUCAGAAAGAACAUGCAGUCCGGUAGAGUUUGCCUGUAGCACUGGAGAGUGUCUUCAUCAGAAUUGGCUGUGUGAUGGAUGGAGUGACUGUCCAGAUGGAGCAGAUGAACACAACUGCUUAAACGCCACCUACCCUUCUUUUGCGUCAUCUUGUGAGCCCAUCCAUGUAGAAAUGUGUCGAGGUCUAAGUUACAAUCUCACCUCAUUUCCAAACAUCUGGCUGUCUGUUUCUGAUCAGAAAGAAGCUGCAUCCAUUCUGCAAAACUAUUGGGUGCUAAAGGAGUUUGCAUGUUUUGAAUCUCUGCGGCAGCUAAUUUGCGGUAUGUUUCUACCACAAUGUAACCCUCAAAGUGGAGUUCUGCAGCCAUGCCAGGCCAUCUGCUCGACAGCGGAGCAGCAAUGCAGUCAAGCGCUGAACCUCCUCAAUUUAAACUGGCCCUUCAACUGCCACCUGCUGCCCGAUUCACAGGAUCCUAUGCAGUGUUCUCUGCCCUAGCACUUUUGUCUUGGUAGAUGC